AUGGGAAAAGAGAGGAGCGAUCGUGAAAAGCAAAAAAAAAUGAGCGUGCCAGUCACUACUCUUCCAACGGUGGCCUCGGGGCCUUACGCGAUGGCUUCACUCUACGUUGGUGAUCUUCACUCGGCUGUCACCGAAGCUCAACUCUUCGAGAAGUUCUCCCAAGCUGGCCCUGUGCUCUCAAUUCGCGUUUGCCGUGAUGCUGUCACUCGUCGAUCGCUUGGCUACGCUUACGUCAACUUUCAACAGCCGGAUCAUGCCAAGGUUGCUUUGGACACGAUGAACUUUGAUCCGAUGAAUGGAAAGUCGAUGCGCAUUAUGUGGUCAAACCGUGAUCCAUCUGCUCGUCGCUCUGGAGCUGGCAACAUCUUCAUCAAGAACUUGGACAAGUCAAUCGAUCACAAGGCUCUUCACGACACCUUCUCGCUGUUUGGAAACAUCUUAUCUUGCAAGGUUGCAACCGACGACAAUGCGGAUAGCAAGGGAUACGGAUUUGUCCACUUUGAAGAGGAAGAUGCCGCUGCUCGAGCCAUUGAGAAAGUAAACGGAAUGCUGCUGGCUGAAAAGAUGGUGUUCGUUGGCAAAUUCAAACCCCGCUCUGCUCGCAUGAGGGAAUUGGGAGAGUCGCCUCACGCAUUCAACAACGUCUUCGUCAAGAACUUUGGCUCCAAUCUCGACAACGAGGGACUCCAGAAACUAUUCGAGAAGUUCGGACCAAUCGAAAGCUGCGUGGUGAUGCUGGAUGGUGAAGACAAGUCAAAGGGCUUUGGCUUCGUCUCGUUUGAGAAAUCCGAUGACGCGAUGAAGGCCGUUGAAGGACUCGAUGGCACCAUCGUUGAUGGGGAUGGAGCCGAGCAAAAGCUGACGGUGUGUCGUGCCCAGAAGAGAAGCGAACGCGCAGCCGAAUUGAAGCAUCGUUACGAGCAAUUCAAGAUUGACACAAUGCAGCGUUAUCAAGGAGUCAACCUCUACGUAAAGAACCUUGACGAUUCGGUGGACGACGAGGGCCUCAACAAGCUUUUUGCUGCCUAUGGAAAAAUCACUUCGGCUAAAGUUAUGAAAGAUGAGGCUGACCGCUCAAAAGGAUUUGGAUUCGUGUGCUUCGAGAAGCCGGAUGAAGCUACCAAGGCUCAAGCGGAGAUGAACGGAAAAAUUAUGACAUCCAAGCCUCUCUACGUCGCCAUGGCUCAAAGAAAAGAAGAUCGACGAGCUCACUUGGCUUCACAAUACAUGCAACGUCUUGCCAGCGCCCGCACGACGCAAGGAGUCGCCAUUCCAACCGGACAAAUGUUUGCACCAGCUGCUGGAGGAUACUUUGUGAAUCCAAUGCAGAAUCCCUACAUGGCAACCGCUCCAAUGCCUAUGGCAGCCACGGCAGUACGCCGUUGGGGUGGACAGCAACCGCAAGGCGGCCAGCAGCAAUACAAUAUGAUGGGUGGACGCCAAAACUUCCGCCAUGGAGGAGCUGGAGGAAUGCCCCCGCGUCGUCAGCAAGGAGGAAUGCCCCCACGUCAACAAAAGCCAUACCAACAAGCUGGAGCUGGAGCUGGAGGUGGCCAACAUGUGGAUCAGCAGCAAACGACUCUGACAGCACAAAUGCUUGCGCAAGCUACCCCACAGGAACAAAAGCAAAUGCUUGGGGAAAGCAUCUAUGAGAAAAUCACUCAGCAAUAUGGUACUCAGUCCGACGUCGGCAAGCUGACUGGAAUGAUGCUGGAGAUCGACAACUCUGAGCUGCUUAUGUUGCUCAACGAUCCAGAGCUCUUCCGUCAACGCGUACAAGAGGCUGCCAACGUGCUUUCUUCCGCCGGCCCAAGGAGC